CUGAAACGACAUUGUAUCACAGCAAACGUGUCAAACAGUUGAGUGCAUAGAAAAUUAGAAAAGUUCACCAAAUAGUUUGAUUGGAUGAUAUUGUCGUGGAACUCAUUAAGCUAUUUAGUGAGGGUCUGCUCUAUUCAGUGGUAGCCUGCUACGCUGCACAAUUACAACUUCCAAUAAGUCACGAGGUUGUAAAAUAUUUGUACACUGUUUAGGUAGUAUAUCAGUAUCAGGUCUGAUCGCUGUAGAUAAGAUUUAGAUUUAUCAACAAAUACAACCCUCAUUAGUACACGGAAGUUACGUUAAACGCGUCGAAUUUGCUGGUUAUUAACAAGGUGACGUAGUACACACACAACUGCCGUACACAAGAUCGAUCUCGUUCUAUCACAGCAGAAAAACCACAACAAACAAAGAAGCUCUUCAGUUUGCAAUGGAUAAAUUAAAAAAUGCGUUUGGCAACACCAAAAGAGACGGCUCUUCGAACCAAGAAACAAGUUGGACCGAUUUCGUAACCGAACGACUACUUUUGAAGCACGAAAAGCUAUCACAAUCGGAAUCAUUGAAUCAAUUUUGCAGAACUAGUGCUGGUACGUAGCGACGCAUACAUGGUGCAACAUCUUUGUCAAUGAUGCAUUUGUGCGCCAUUCACGUAAACGUGUCCAUAGCUUUCGAAACUAAUUAAAAGUGGCACGCUGUAUUAUAAAUUACUGUUAUCAAAUUUGUCAAGUUGAAUUUAUUGCUCUUGAAAAUUCACUUCAUGGCGUCCAACGUUAAUUUGUAGAUAAAGUCAAUAAUUUCAACGUAUAAAAAUCAAAAACAUGCGCAUAAAUCUACCAUUGUUCACUAGUGACCGAGUGAUGUGACACAACGACAGUCUGUCGAGUGAGUUAAACACGAUGAAUGAAGUUAAAGCAAGGGCGCACGAACAAAGUGUAAAAUUUCAAUACCUUCUCACGUUAGUGGUAAAUAUACUGCUAAUAGGCCAUGGUUUUGUCGGUGGAUGGGCUAGCCCAAAUAUCAUUCUGCUACAGUCAGAUGAUUCGCCGUUGCCAUCGGGAAAAAUUACAAUGGAUGAGGCGUCAUGGAUAGCAUCUCUUAUAUGCAUUGGUGGCCUGAUUGGUAGCAUAUGUAGCGGUUUCAUUACGAGUAUGUUUGGUCGCAAAAUACCUUUGAUUCUGCUCACAGUUCCAGCCAUUUUGAGCUGUUUGCUCAUUUGGUUUGCACAAAAUGUCUACUAUUCAUACGCAGCGCGAUUGUGGGGUAUAUGUCGCAGGUGGGGUGUACACAAUAAUUCCGCCUUUUUUGGCCGAAAUAUGCAAUGAUCGCGUUCGAGGAGUGUUGGGAUCAACACUGGUGUUGUUUUGUAACCUGGGCAUAUUACUAGCAUUCACUUUUGGAACUUACUUUGAUUUUUAUAUGACACCUAAGUUUGUAAUCGUUAUGACAAUAUUGUGCGCCAUUUUACUCUUUUUAUUCCCAGAAUCAUCGACGGUUCUUCUGAAACGGAACCAAAUAUCACUAGCAGAAGAGUCGAUUCGAUUCUAUCAAAACUUGAAAAAUAACUCGGAUUUUGAGUUGCUGCAGGCAGAAAUGACUAAGUUGAAGAGUACGGUUAAAGGUGGAAACUCCGGUAAAUCGAGCGAUAACUCGUUCAAAUUGUCUGAUUUAUCAACCGGAGCCGGUAGGAAAGCUAUGAUGAUUGGCAUCGUGCUCGCCAUGAUAAAUCAGCUUUCCGGUUGCUUCGCCAUGUUGCAGUACACGGCGACAAUUUUCAAAGAAGCUGGAUCGAGCAUGUCGCCAAAUAUGUCAUCAAUUGUGGUUGGACUUCUUCAACUAGUAGGUUCAUCUGUGGCAACCUUGCUCGUUGAACGAUCCGGACGGAAGUUCUUAUUCAUAGUGUCAUCAGUUGGAAUUGCCUUGGGUUUGAUAACUCUCGGUGUAUAUAUGAUGCUCAAAUCGUCUGGCGUUUCUGUUGAAUCGGUCAACUUUAUUCCAAUUGUGAGCUUUUCAUUUGUGAUUUUCAUUGCAAAUUGGGCCGUGUUAAAUUUGCCUUUCCUAGUAAUCUCAGAAUUGAUGCCCGAAAAUUUGAAAGAUUUCGGACAAUCAUUUUGCAUGGUAGUUUUAUGGGUGUGUUCAUUUAUUACGAUAAAAUAUCUGCCUCUGUUGACUGAGUCAUUGGGAAUGCACGGAACAAUGUUUCUAUUCUCUGGCGCUUGCUUAUCGGCCGCCACGUUCAUCAUCAUUUUCAUGCCGGAGACAAAGGGAAAAAGCUACGAAGAAAUCAUGGCCGUUCUUCGAUGAUUGACUUCGAUUUAAACACCAAAGAAUAGGAAAUAAUUUUACUGAAAAUAAUUGUAAACUGAAUUAUUUAUUAUUACUGAAAAUAAAUAAAGCCUUUAAAUGUGAUAAA